AUGAUUAUGCCGCUGCUAAUGAAUCCAGACGUCGUUGUGAUCGGAGCAUCGAUUUCAGGUUUGAUGCACGCCCUUGUGCUGAGAUCUACUGGACGCAGUGUCGUCGUAUUAGAGGCUCGUUCCCAGCAGCAGAUCCAAGCGAUCGGGGCUGGAUUGAGCUUUUGGCCAAAUGCACAACGCCUACUUACCAUGUGCAUUCCUGAUAUGCAUUUCGACUCUUGGGCUGUCAAGAAUUCGACCAUGGAGAUUCUGACCCGAGACGGUCUCCCAGUGAUUGAGUUGCCAAUAUCGGAAGACAUAUGGACUUCAAGCUGGUCGGCUAUGCGCGAGAAACUUGUGGAAGCCUGUGAGCAAGAUGUGCCCGGCUAUGGCACAGUCCAGAUUUGGAUUAAUCAAAGAGUCUGUGAUUUGGUCGACAAAGAUGAUCACAUCAAUGUGAUAUACAGAAUUGAGGACGGUCCUGUAAAGAGCGUCGCCGCAAAUCUAGUGAUUGCUGCAGAUGGUGCGCGAUCCUUUGUACGCAAUCGCUUUCUUCCCAACACAAGCCCCAAAUACGCUGGUUACCUGGCAUGGAGAGGCAGAUUUCCAGAGUCCGAAGCGCCCAGGGAGCUGGAUGGAGCUCUUGCGGGGAAGAUGGCCUUCUUCAUGUUUGACGGGAGCUACAUUUUGGCCUAUCUGGCCCCCGAUGCAAACGGUAGCAUGGUAUCCGGAGAUCGCUAUAUCGAAUGGUGCUGGUAUGACGCGUGUGAUGUUUCAUCCCCUGAAUUCUCCGAGUAUAUGACCGACCGUUAUGGCAUGCAACACAACAUGACAGUGUCCGCAGACCUACUACAUCCAAAAACGUGGGCUGCACAACUCUCGCGGCGGAAAGACGUCGUUCCUCCAAUCUGGCAAUCGCUCUUUGCAAAAUCGACCUUGCCGCUUCUGACUGCAAUUCAUUCCUUUGACAAUGACCACGCGGCCUUCUACAGUGGCAAGUUGCUAUUAGCAGGCGAGGCUUACACGCAAAUUCGGCCUCAUCUAGGCGCUAGCUGUGACAUUGCAGCACUGCAAGCUAUUCUUCUACCUGAAGUAUUGGACGGUAGGAUGAGUAUUGUCGAGUGGGAAAGGACUGUUGCCAUCUAUGCACGCAAUAAGAGCAUCGGUAGUGCGGCGACUGGCGAGUUUGGUAUGACUGGAAAAUGGCCAGAUGGCUAUGUCGCCACAUUUGCUAGGCCUUGA